UAUCAACAGCUUGUCGUUGAUUUUGAACGCACCCCAGUUGCUCUACUACCACUUCAACCCUACGUCAUUUCCGUUACACAACCUUCUCCGAGAGUUUUGUCCAAGAUGGCGUCAACGCAGUUAACGGAUGAGGAGCUUUUCUCCGAAUUAAAGCGCUUUGGUUUCACUCCAGGCCCGGUUACCGAAAACACUCGCCCGGUGUAUUUGAAGAAACUGAAGAAGCUUCGCGAAGAGCAGCAGCAGCGGGGUUCCAGACCGGGCAAAACCCGUAGCAGCGGGGCCAUCAACAGCACCACUGGCGGAGGCAACACGGCGGGAUCCAGGCCAGCCAGCCAUGACGUCACGCACCUGAGCUCUAGCAGGAGACCGGGCAGGAAGUCCACCGUCCUCGGCUUCAGCUCCGACGAGUCUGACGCUGAAACUCCACUGAAAAGAAAAGGCCUCAACCACAGCAGCAGGGCAGACCGAAGCUCCGGUUUUCCACAGCAACCGAAGAUAAGGCCCGUUACGACGCCGAGUGUGGUUACCAAGAGUCAGUAUGGCGCUACGAGUACGCUAAAUAGCAACAAUUCUUCCUCGGGUCCGGGCGGACAGAGAAGUGUCUCGCUGGGCUGGGGAGUUCGUGCCAGAUCCAGCCCCGAGGCGGAAGGGAGGGAUUACGACGAAUCGGGGGACGAGGACGAUUAUGAGGGGGGACUGGAAAAGAACUCUCGAUCUUUAAACGGUUGUGGGGCGUCUCACUUAAACACUAGCAAGCUAGCUGGGGAUUACUCAGAUUCGGACGAGGAGGAGGUUGGGGGCCUUGGUGUCGGAGACAAGCAGCGGGAUAGGUUGGAGCCAAGACGGAGCCACCCGAAAGCUGAGUUUCCUUCCCACGGAGUGGGCCGAGGGUCCCAGACGGGAGGGGCAGCCAGACAGGUUAACCCGUCUGAGAGUCUAAAUAUGGUGGGGAGCCGGAGGGAGGAGGGGGAGGAAGACAAUUCAAAGAGAAGGGACUCGGACCCGCCGGGAGGCUUGCGGAGCCACAACUUUCCCAGGAAGUCUAUCUACGUGUCCCUCACCGACAACCACGGAGGAGAGGCCGGCAAAAACAACCACGUCGACGGCGAGGACGGAGCAUCCAGAAGCAGCACUAGUAGGUUCGCCAUCGGGUUGAGACCGCGCUUCUCCAACUACAGCAGCCUGUCCCAGAACUACAGGGGCAACCACUCUAACCACACCGCCCCCAACCACUCAUACAGCCAGGCGGUGCUGAAGCAGAAGCUGUCUGUCCCUGAGGAUGAGCUGCUCCAGCAGUUUAAAAGGGAGGAGGUGGCCUCCUCUGGUAGCUUCAGCGCUCACUACCUGUCCAUGUUCCUGCUCACUGCAGCCUGCCUCUUCUUUCUGCUGCUGGGCCUCAUGUACCUCAGGAUGAGGGGCUCUGGAUCCUCGGAGGUGGAUGGAGUCAUUAAGAGCCACCCGUUUGGCAGUGACUUUGACUCUACUUAUAACAAGACGGAGAAGGACCUGAUCCUGAAGCUGCUGCUCAAGCUACAUGACCACCUGGCUCAUGUCGCUGGCCAGCAUGACUGUGGAGACCAGCAGCAUCCAAACAGGAGUCUGUCCAUGGAUGAGGCCUCUGCAUAUUUACGGGCUCAGAAUCAGGAGUUUGAAAACUUCAUUCUUACGUCUCUGGAGUGGAUCAUCCGGACAGGCCAGGAUGUUGGAAUAAGGCUGACUGGGCAGGUAGCUGAAGAUCCGUUGAUCGAUGUGUCUGAGAUCUCUCGGCUGGAGUCCACACAUCCCAAGAUGCCCUUCACGUGCCGCUUCCGACGAGCCUUCCUCACCGUCAUCAGCAGAGUCUUCGUCAUUGCAGUCGUGGUCGGCCUUGUGUGGAGCGUGGUCUGCUACAUGAAGUAUCGCUGGAGGAGAGAGGAGGAGGAGACCAGGCAGAUGUAUGACAUGGUGGAGAGGAUCAUCGAUGUGUUGAGGAGCCACAGUGAGGCUUGUCAAGAGAACCAGGACCUGCAGCCUUACCUGCCCAUCCCCCAUGUCAGAGACUCUCUGGUCCAGCCUCAGGACAGGAGGAAAAUGAAGAAGAUUUGGGAGCGGGCUGUGAACUUCCUCUCAGCCAAUGAGUCCAGGAUACGAAAAGAGACUCAGAGGAUUGGUGGAGCAGACUUCCUGGUCUGGAGGUGGAUCCAGCCCUCUCUCAGUUGUGACAAGACCUCGUUGAUGCCCUCCAAAGUCUGGCAGGGAAAAGCUUUCCCUCUGGACCGGAGGAAUUCUCCUCCCAAUAGCCUGACUCCAUGUCUGAAGAUCAGAAACAUGUUUGACCCAGUCAUGGAAGUUGGGGAGAACUGGGAUUUAGCCAUCCACGAGGCCAUCCUGGAGAAGUGCAGUGACAACGAUGGUAUCGUCCACAUCGCUGUCGACAAGAACUCACGAGAGGGCUGUGUCUACGUUAAGUGUCUCUCUGCAGAGCACUCAGGGAGAGCCUUCAAGGCACUUCAUGGCUCCUGGUUUGAUGGUAAGCUGGUGACCGUGAAGUAUCUGCGUUUGGACCGGUACCACCAGCGCUUCCCACAGGCCCAGGGCUGCACCACGCCUCUAAAGGCCUCCAGCCUCCACGCCAACACCACGAGCACCAUGAACACCUCGCCCCGCCUGCAGCACCGCGGCUCCGCCAACUCCUCAGGCUUCUCAUGAGAUCAGCAUAAGCGUUAGAUUUAGCAUUGUCCUCUGUGCCCUCCCAGCAUGACAGCACGAGUCUGCUGCUGCUCCUUCACUGCUUUAUAACGGAGAAGACUUCAGUCUGCGUCUCGGGAGAGCUUUUAUUUUUUGUUUGUUUUGUUUGUUUUGUUUUUCCAACACAGAAUCGCAAGAGAAGUUGUUCAAGCGGUGCAGUGUUUGUUUUCAAUAAUCUUUGUAUUAAAAUGUCAUGGAUUUAACAAGGAAGCAAAGUUCUUGUGGAAUAUUUAAGAUGUGUGCAGAGACUCCAACCCUCCCUCCCUCUCUUCCACAGUCUAACUGAUGCCACAGUGGAAUUCAUGUGGGCGCUGUGUGGAAACGGCUGCAUGUUAUCAGAGUAUGCCUCUAUGUAAGCUAUCAGUACAACACAGUGUGGGUGUUGAUUUCCCCGAAGAUGUUCGAUGUACUCCCCGUUUGUUAUUAUUCAGAUUAUUAUUAUUUAGUCAAGUGAGGAAGGGCAUGAACAGACUUGUAGAGAGUGUGCUGUAAAUACAUGUGAACGGUGGCACAAGCUUUAUUACAUCCUCCGUAUUCAAAGCAAACCAUAAGCUCACGUUUUUCUCGCUGCCACAGCAGAGUGCGUCUGUAUCCGGAGGCUGCCCGCAACAGCACCGGUACACACACACAGCGGUUCAGCUGGUAGAACAGGGUGAGCAGCCUCUGCAUUUGUUGUUUGCUCCAUGUAUUCCAUGUAUGGCCUUUUCUUUCCCUUUGUCUUUUAAUUUUGUUCUAGCAUCCAGCAGUGCUCCCAAACUUUUGAAUCAGGGACCUUUAACAGUCACCUGAAGCUUUCUUCUCCAGAUAUAAUCCAAUAUAUUCCCAAAUGAUUUUUAUGUUUUAUAAUGUUUAUUAUUUACCUCUUUCAAGUCAGGUCAUUUUCACUGUUGGCGCGUCCCCCCAUUGUAUUUCCAAACCUGUUCUGAACAAGUGGUGUGUUGUCCUCUCUCUGUGUACAUGACCAACAGACCAGAGGAGCUCACAGACUUUCCGUAUGUCUCUGGUGACGCAGAUAUUUCCUCUCAUGAUAUGACCUGAUGUUGUUGCUACUGGUCUUUGAUCAUAGCCUCUUGUAAUAAUGCUACCCCUCUUUUUGUCAUAAGGAGUACUGUGAGAAUGGUGACAGAUUUUAAUACACAAUCCCAAAUAUUCCAACCCCUGCAAGGAGACUGUACUGAACUUACGGAUUCCUGGUUGCUUGUGUACUUUUACAGCACCUGUGUAUUCAGAAAACACUAAAAAAAACAAAUCCAGGAGUUGCCAGACAUAAUUUCAUUUUUUAAAUGCAGUGAAUUGAAAGUUGGAUUCAGUAUUUGCAGUGUGAAAUUGUACAAAUGAUGCACAUUUCAAAAUGUUCAAAACCUGCAGCGACGUUUUUGCGGCAGGCAACCCACCUGUGCCUUAAAUUUGUGCUUUUUUAAGACUGGCACUGCAUUACUGGAGAAUGUACUGGAUUUAAGAAAUGUUUCAAGGGUGAGUAAGGCCUGCCAUAGAUGUAGUUUUGGUAGAGUUUGACAUCUUCAGAUUUGGUAUUUUGUAGCAGUUUCCUUUGAUAUUAAACCAAAUGCUUCUCUCUAUUUAUUAUUAUUUUUUAAAUCCGCUGUGUUGAUGUACUAUUUUAAUGUCACUAGACCUGUUACAUAUGUGUCAUAACUUUUUUUUUU